CCGGUAAAAAUCAGAAAUCCCAGAAAUAUGAGUCUUCCUAGAAUGCAGAGACAUGUUCAAAGGAGAAACAGAAGGUUGACAUCUAGAAGUUCAUCAGGUCAAAGGAUACCAUUAGUUGUACCAACACAUAGAGCAAGACGAAGAAGUAAUCCUUUAAGGGAAAGAAAUCAUGAAGUAGUUGAUGUUGAAGCACAUUCUGAAUGUAUAGAUCUGACCAGUGAACAUGGCAAUGAUGAUUUUAUAGAUUUGACAAGUCCUACACAGACACGAGCUCAAGUAGCAGUGAAUGACUCGCCUGUUAUUAUUGUAACAGGCAGAGAUAUAGUCACUCCACCAAGAGGAAGAAGGAGACCCCUAAGAUCACCUGAUAUAGAAAACGAGAUAGAAUGUUUAGAUUUAGAUAUAGAAAUUUCUGAAAGACCAAGUACUUCAGGGCUAGGUUCACCAAAUCGAGGAACAGUAAACUCUCCUGGUAUAAGAAGAAUCACCUGUCCCAUUUGCAUGGACGAUUACAAAGAGCUGCAACAAAAUAAAGUACAGUUGAUGUCAACAGUGUGCGGACAUUUAUUUUGUAAACCAUGUAUACAGAUAUCAGUGAGAACGCAUCGUCAGUGUCCAACUUGUCGAAGAAGAUUGACAGAAAAACAAAUUCAUCCAAUUUUCUUGUAAUAUUUAACUUGUAUGACCUGAAGGUAUAAUAUCAGCUUCACUUGAAGUCUGUUAUCUGUCAUCAUCCGUAAACUUUUAAAGUAUUUUUUGGUACCUAUUAUUUUUUUCACUGAUAAACUAACAUGUCCUCCAUUUCAUUACUUAACCUAAUGUACCAAAGUAUAUGUGUGGCAGUUCUGCAGAAGUCCUGUUUUUGUUUUUUUAACUGACUCGGUUAGCAUGAUGGAUAGCUGUGAGGUGAUCAAUACAGGUUCUUUAAAAUGUUUAGUAUUUUAUUAUGUGUUUGUACAAAAUUGUGAAGAACUUGAAGUGUUCGUGUUCAAUAACUGAUUUAUCACUUCUAGAUGUGUGUUAAUUUGUUAGCAAAAAUACAGACCAUUCAACCUGAGCAAUUAAAUCAAAUUACACUGGUGACUAUAAAGGCUUUUUUCUUCAGUCCCUCAUGAUUCAUGAAAUUUUUUUACCAUAGUGUUAAAAUAUGUUCUAGACCCACCAUUUAUAGAAGUCGGUGUGUGAUCGCCUUAGAUUACCAAAGAUAAUUUUUCUUAAGGGACCUAAGCCAAUGCCUCAAUACUAUGUGUAAUAUGUAUUACAUUGAUGUGGUGAGAUAUAGUACAGUGCAUGCUACUUUUAUCUGUGAAAAAUCACUCUUGGUGAGGGUAUUUUAUAGCCAAGAGUGAUUGACAUUGAAAUAGAUUCUAUCUUAAGUGCUGAAAAGAGAUUUAAUUUUGCAAUAUCUAAAGCUUAACCUGUUUGCAAUGAUCAAUUUUUUUGUUAUUUUUUUUAAUUUACACCAUGUAAUAUUUUAAUGAUUUUAUCUUGCGAAAUAACCUCCAUGCGGAAAAUUUCGACUUUACAAUAUGUUAGGGGCUUAUUCUAAAUACUACUACCUUCUAUCACCAGGAAUAUUCCUGAUUCAUAGUGAUUCCCUCAUCACUGGCUAGAGUGCCUUUUCACUGAAUUACACAGUGUGUGUACAAUUGGAAUUUUUAUCUGGCCCGUGAUGAAAGUCACAGAAGACGAAAAGUAAGUGGCGCUUUUCCAGCGUCAUCAACAAUACUGUAAAUUCAGAAAUUAUUGCGAUGUUUUUAUUAUUGCGAAAAAUGCGACAGGGUAAUGAUCGCAAUAAUUUAAACUCGCAUUUUGAAAUUUUUCAUAUGAAUUAAACAGGAUAUUUAUCAAUAUCUCAAAAAUUAAAAUCGCAUUUUAGUCUAAAAUGACAAAAUCGCAAUAAUAAAUGCAUGCAAUAAUAUCUGAAUUUACAGUAGUUAAGUUUUCUGCUUCAGUCAGUUUUUGAUAAAAACUGCUUGUGAUAGAUCAAUUAUAUUUUCUAUAAAGUUGCAUUACUUCAGAACAUGUCAGUUUGACAACUAUUUGAAGGCCCUGCCCCCCUUGGUCAUGGUCCAGCGACUUUCAAUUAAUAAGCAAUUUUCAAUUCGGCUUAAGUUAGUUUGAUAGGAACUGCUUGUAAUAGAUCAAUGAUAUUUUCUAUAAAGUUGCUUUACUAUCAGUACAUCUAAGUUUGUUGACCAUUUCGAGGCCCUUCCCCCUUGUCUUGGUGCAGUGAAUUUGAAUUAAUUAAUUAGCAAUAUCGCUGUCUAUCAGAUUGUCUUUUUCUGAAUUUUCUGUCGACAAGCUAGACAAAUCUGUGUCAACAGUUUAUUGAUACUACAUUUUAUUUUCUGGAAUUAUAGAAACUUAGAUUUCACAGUAUAUAUAUUACAUUGAUGAAAAAGUGAAAAAUUCUUUAUUUUGCAACAUUUUAUAUUUUGCUAAUAAACAUGACCAUGCAUAUAAAAAAGUAUGGGAUAUUUACCAUUUUAUAGUGCUACUAAUUAUAAUUGUGCAUUAAACAAAAAAGUCAUCCAUAACACAGGUUUGUGAUGUUAUAGAAUCAGUUCUCAGCAAAGUGAAUAGUAUUUUCACUAUAGUUGAGAUAAGACUUACAACUACAUGUAGGAACAUGGAUUUAUAAGUGAUUGUAAAUUUGUAUGUGUUUGUGGUUUUAGAUCUUUAUGAUGUAUAUAUUGCAGUGCUAACCAUAUUUUAUACUUUCAGAGAGAUAAUACUCUUAAAAAUAGGACUUUUGAGACAAAAAAUAAUAUUAAUUUUUUUUUCUAAAUAGUGGAUGGUAAUGUCACAUAUUUUUAUAAUAGUUUUACAACUUUGGCAUGUUAAACUUUGACUUAAAGUAACACAAAAUUAUACAUUAUUUAAAGUAAUUGGGAGAAGAUUUAAAAUAAUUAGUUUGUUUACAAUGCACAUAAUCAAAUAAGAUAAUCAUAUUUGUUUUCUCAAAGUCAGUCAAAUUUUCAAUUAAAUAAUAUAAAAUAUUUCAAUGGGUAUCCAAAUUUGUUUUGUUCAAUAGCCCUAAUAAACGUGCUUCAAAUAACCAGAGAUUUUUCUACGUUAUUCUUUGCUUAGAGAGAUUCAAUCCCUCUUUCUCCUACUUUGUAUGUUAUGUUAGGAGCCAUGUUUAGCAUAAAUAAGAUGAAUGAAGGAUUUUUUUGUUAUGCAAAAUUUGCAAUUUGAUUAAUAUUUGUUUAUUGGAAUUAUGAGAAAGUAUGUCUCUUUAUUGUUGAUAUAAACUUGAAUGCAAUGUAUGUUUAUUGGAAUUAUGAGAAAGUGUGUCUCUUUAUUGUUAAUAUAAACUGGAAUGCAAUGCAGAUAAUAAAAUUAUGUUUGAUUGUGAA